GAUCCAUUCUGUACGGAUUCGAAGUCGAAUACCAACAAACCAUCGUGUACCUGUAAGACUUACAAUGUAAAGUUCAUUGUUCGCAGUGCCAAAAUUCAAAUAGUGAAAUAUACUCGAGUACUUUGGUGUUACAAUACAAGCUGAGGCAUGCGGCGGGCCCCUGCAGUCAUCAUUUAGCUGCGCCUUACCUCAAAGUAAGAUUCUUCUUUUAAUUGGUACUUCUGCUUGACACGAAAGUCUUACACACAGCAAUUAUUGUAGAUUUCAAUGUUACCUUGUCAAGGGAUUAAACCUGUGUUUGAGGGCUAGAAGUAAUCUCAACAUGAUCAAGUCAAGGUAUCCUAAGCCUGACAUGGAGACUUGUGUAUCUCCCAGCUUCACGGGAUGGCUGAGUGCCAAUCGUUAGAAGAUGCAGAAAAUUCUAUCAGUCUCGAUUAUUACACAUAUAGGGCGGAAUCAAUCCUUCGGAAUGCCAUGUUGUGCGAAAUUGCUUUCAGUCAUCUUCAUCUUGUGGAUCCUUCCCUCUAAUCUUCAGAUCAGCUGCGGUCAUCUACUUGUUACCACACAUCAUUCCUAGCAUCUCACCCUCUAGAGUGUAGAUGAAUUUACAUCUUUAAGCAUUCAGACAUGGCGAGUUCAUCACAGCUUUUCGGGCGGCGACGAUGUUUUAGCCCAGUAUAUUCUUGGAAUGGACACUUGACUGGCUCAGUGUAUACGAUACUGGUUAUCUUGCUAUGCUGGGUGCAGCCAUCAUGGCAACAAAAGGAUGCUCUGAACGAUUUUUGCAGAAGAUGGGGACAUCAGACAACAGUUAUUGAUCGACAGUUGUUCAUUGAUGGCGGCAUGGUUGAUUGGAAUCCAUUAUCCCAAAACCCCUCGAACUACUCUAGUAUGUUGUCACGACAAAAAGAAUAGAGGCUCAUUGAAUAUUCUACUGACGGCACGACAGACUCAUGGCUUUUGUAUAACGAUCUCAACACAAGUCCUGCAGCGGUAGGAAUGCCUCAGUUACAGGCAAAUCUUUCAAAAAAUGCCUCGAUACCUAAUGUAAGUGGAGGUGUACUUUGGGGCGAUGAGGUCAAUAAACGGUUUUAUCUAUUUGGCGGCGAUAAUUUCGGCACUUGGCCAAGUUCACCUAAUCUGUACUCAUAUGACAUGCUAUAUAAUCAGUGGGAAGAUUUCGGACCACCUAACAACGGUGUUACAAGCGUUUCGUAUGGGAUGGGAGUGGGUAUAUCUGAUCUUGGGCAGGGUUAUAUGCUUGGAGGAUGGCAGAGCAAUGCUUCGAUUCCCGGGUGGAGUGGGCCUCCUAUCGCAACGAACGGUUUAAUCAAGUUUGAUUAUCAAUCAGGAACAUGGACAAACAAUACAGGACCAGACCGAACUGGGAGGGCUGAGGGUGUUAUGCUUUAUCUGCCGGCGAGUCGCACUGGCAUUCUUGUCUACUUUGGCGGUAUCCAGACACCAUACAAUAACCAGACUGUAGUCCCAUCGCCGAUGAACCAAAUUUAUGUCUAUGACAUCCAAAGUUCUCAAUGGUAUACACAAACAGCGACUGGAGAUAUUCCUGGAGAUAGGAGGAGAUUUUGUGCAGGUGCUACCUGGGCACCUGACCAGUCAUCUUACAACAUGUAAGGAUCAUGCCGUCAUAUCACCCAUAAAAUUUUCUGACAUUUUUAGUUAUCUCUAUGGUGGUGCAGGCUUCGGAGCCAAUGCUUCAGGAUUCGAUGAUGUCUAUAUACUCAGCCUUCCGUCAUUUACAUGGAUUAAGUGGUGGGAAAAUGCGCCAGGUGAUGCGAGACCACAUAACAUGUUGAGUUGCAAUGUUGUCGAUGGAGCUCAGAUGCUUAUUGUGGGUGGAUCGUUUCCACUUGACCAGUCUACGUGCGAUAGUCCGAAUUCUUGGGGUACGCAUAACCUCAAUCUCAAUGAGCCAGUCGCAGGGCUUCCAUGGAACACAUACCAACCGAACCUUACAUCAUAUGCCGUACCUUCAGCCAUAUUAUCUGUUGUGGGCGGAUCGUACGUAUUCAAAGCCAUUGAAAUUGAAAUUUAAUGCUGACAAUUAAAUUAGUCCUACAGGUGGUGCGACCAUGCAGUCGCCUUCUGCUGGUUUCCAAAACAAUGAUUUGAAUGUAUAUUUCCGACAAAAAGCUUCCGCAGUAAAUCGCACGCCUACUAGGGCUAUUACAACCGCAACGGGAUCAUCAACAUCUAAGCAUUCUGGAAAUAAGUUGGCUUCAGCGGCUCUCGUUGGGAUUAUUGUGGGAGUCGUAGGAAUUGUUGGCAUCUUAGCUGCAUGCUUUUGCAUCCUUCGCAUUCGUAAGAACCGUGCUCACGUACCUGAGGUUUCUGUACCAAUUGUGCCUACAUAUGCUGCCGGAAAUACAUCCAAGAUGCAUCCACAACGACCCGAUCGCAGUUACGAUCCCCAGAAUCCUCAUAUUGCGCAGCAACGAAGUAAAUCGACAUACCAAGUACUGUCUUCCCAUGCACCUUACGCAGUCGAGUUGGCGGGGACCACUUCCAGUGCAAGAAACUAUUCAAACAUCAAUGCCGAUGGUAAUCCGAUAUAUAGUCCACACGAUGAGGGUGUGCCACCAUAUACUAGUAAUUGGCACCACCCAAAUCCACCUCCUCAGAACCAGAAACACUUCAGCCCAAUAUCAUCACAUCCUCAACAAAACCAAUUAUCACCCGUACCAACGGAAUUAGACGCCGAAAGCACCAUAUUCUCUGCUUCUCCUACCCCAACAUACUCGACAUUAGGAAGAAUGACGUCGAAAAAAAUUACCCCAAUACAUGAGACGUAUUAUUCGACUUGAAUCAUUAAUAACUUUCUACUUUUCUUGCUUCUAGCCCAAUAGUUCAUCACUCUUUUGCGUGGCGAGAGUGAUGUGUCUGUCUGUGUAUAUAUAUAAUUUUACAAGAGUUUUGGCGUUUCCAAAGGAGGACAUGUUGAGGGAGGAAUAAUUACUAUUUAUUUAUUACCUGCUUACUUACUUUUCUUAUUAUCACGAAACGAUGACGUUUUCGUUUUUGUAAUUUUUUCUGAAUGCUGUAAUCUUAUAUCGAUUGGAUUGAU